GCGCCCCGCGCCGCUCGGCCGCGGUCUCCCGGGUGUCUCCUGCGGCGCUGAGGCGGCGGAGCGGUCCGGCCGCCCAGCCCAGCCCUCCGCGGCGCGCAGCCCCGACGGGGCCGCGGCGGGCGCCUGGCGAGUGCUGACGGAGCCAUGAGAGAGUACAAAGUGGUGGUGCUGGGCUCGGGAGGCGUGGGCAAGUCCGCGCUCACCGUGCAGUUCGUGACGGGCUCCUUCAUCGAGAAGUACGACCCCACCAUCGAGGACUUCUACCGCAAGGAGAUCGAGGUGGACUCGUCGCCGUCGGUGCUGGAGAUCCUGGACACGGCGGGCACCGAGCAGUUCGCGUCCAUGCGGGACCUGUACAUCAAGAACGGCCAGGGCUUCAUCCUCGUCUACAGCCUCGUCAACCAGCAGAGCUUCCAGGACAUCAAGCCCAUGCGGGACCAGAUCAUCCGCGUGAAGCGGUACGAGCGCGUGCCCAUGAUCCUGGUGGGCAACAAGGUGGACCUGGAAGGCGAGCGCGAGGUCUCGUACGGCGAGGGCAAGGCCCUGGCCGAGGAGUGGAGCUGCCCCUUCAUGGAGACGUCGGCCAAAAACAAAGCCUCGGUGGACGAGCUGUUCGCCGAGAUCGUGCGGCAGAUGAACUACGCGGCGCAGCCCAACGGCGACGAGGGCUGCUGCUCGGCCUGCGUGAUCCUCUGAGGCGCCGCGGCCGCCACGCGCCCCCCGGGCCGCGCUCCGCGCACAAAAGCCAAACGCACCGACUCUCCCCGUGGGAUUUCUCGUCCGGCUUUGAGAUGGGAGACGACUUUGCAGUGGCCAGGGCGUCCCCAGGAGCCUCCCCCCCUCCCCCCCACGCUGGCCUCCACGCCCCGUGUCCGAGGGAGCGCCCCGUCCUGCCCAGCCGACACCGUGGUGGAAAUUGGGGCUCUUUGCAGCAUGUACGUUCCUCAUUGAUUUUGGUUGACGCCCGUUCCCUCCCCCCUCCCCCCUCCCCCGAAGGCGCAGUUAUUGGCAGUCUGACACCCACCCGGCAAGCAAAAGUUUCAGCCUGGAAAAAGAUGGGGGAAGGGGGGAAGGGAAGGAAGUGCCGGGGAAGGAGGAGGAGGGGGUGUCCGUUUUUGUGUGUGUGUGUGUGUUGGGGGGGUAACAACAACUGUUUUCUAGUUCCAAGUUUUAAAUACGUGGAAGGAAGUCCGGGAGAACCAUAUGAAGGAGCAAGGAGGAGGAAGAAACUUUUGUGUGUGUUUGUGUGUGUGUGUUUUUCCCUUGUUUUCCAGGAGUAGCUGGAAUUUAAGAUCGGGUUCCUUUUCUGCCAGCUUGGAAGGGCGACCCUGUGACUGAUUGCGAUUCUGAGGAUGUCUAUGCAAAGUUGGAUUCUUGUUACAGUGUAUCCAAUCUGAAGUAUUGCACAUCUGAACUGGGACUGUUAACACUGAUGCCAAUACAGUGUGGGGUGCCAGAAAGUGUCUGCUGAUAUUUGUGGAAAAAAAAAAUCUAUUUUGUUUACCUACUGUAUCAAAGGGGAGCCUGGGGGAGAAUGGUAGUAUUUUUUUUUAUCAGCUGUGAAAAAAAAUGUUACAGAUCUGCACAUUUUCUUGUGUACUAUUUGUGUGUGUGUGUGUGCGCGCGUGUGUGUUUUAUAAAUUUAGCUUUUAGGUUUUUCUUUCUUCUUGUUUCGUUUUUGGUUGGCAGUAACAGAUUUUAAUGACUUGCUUUUACAAAUACAGUACCAGGACUUUGUCAUUGUGAUUCAGGGCCCCCAGCACCCCUGUGUCUGCAGAGUGCCUUCAAAACUCAGCUGUUCCAGCCGGUGCCAACCUGUGAACUUCCCAUCAUACCCCAGAAUCUGCUAUCCCCCAACCACUUCUCAGUUUCCUUUCAGUAAUCUUCCUGAAGGAGCCAGGACAAUAGGACCUGUUGUUCAGUGAAUUUCUUUAUUAUUUUCAGCCUUUAAAAUGUAAUUGCCAUGUUUUGCAAUGGGUUUCUUUUUUUUGUUUGUUUGUUUUCUUGGCUUCAUUUUGUUCCAGUGUUCAGGUAUUUAGCUCCUUUUUUAUAUUAUUUUUACUUUUUUUAAUUAUCUGUUAUAGGGUGUACCUCCAGAAGCAAAGAGCAAAAUUUUACUGUUGUGAUGUACCAAGGGAAUUCUAAUUGUAAUUUUUAAUUCCAUGUGUUUCAUCAUUGUCUCUUCGUUUUAAGACUUUUAAUACAAAUGUCAUUUUAAAAGAAACAAACUCAGAA